AUGGCCGAAAAAAAUGACGAGAAGGUAGUAACUAGUACCAGCAUACCCUCAGCGCAAAGCCCAAACGACGAAUACGACGCCCAACUCGAAAAAAGAGUAAUAAGAAAAAUCGAUUUCUGGCUCGUGGGUUUUUACUCCUUAGUCUACAUAUUCCGAGUAAUCGACUCAAGCAACUACUCCAAUGCAGCAAUCAUCAACCUCGAAGCCGGGACAGGAAUCAAACAAGAGCUCGGCUUCAGCGCCUCCCAAUGGUCCUGGACGCAAUCAAUCUUCUCAUACAGCUACCUGUUCUUCGAGCCAACAAACACAAUCCUACUGAAAGGCUUCACUCCGUCAAGAUGGAUGUUCAUCCUAAUCCUGUCAUGGGGAAUUUGUGCCUGCGCGGCCGGAGCAGCGCAAAACUUCGCAGGGAUGAUGUGCGUGCGGUUCGCCAUCGGGCUGGCCGAGGCAGGCUUCUACCCAUCCGUUCUCUACCACAUGGCGUUCUGGUACAAGCCCUCUGAGAUGCCGUGGCGCGUUGCGCUAUUCUAUUCUCUGGGCCAGGUCUCUGGGGCAUUGAGUGGACUGCUGGCGUACGCGAUUAGUUAUAUGGACGGGGCAGGCGGGCUGUCGGGCUGGAGAUGGCUGUUUAUUCUGGAAGGGUUGCCGGCUAUUUUGUUGUCUAUUGUGGCGUUGUUCGGGCUGCCGGAUUAUCCUGAGACGGCGAAGAUGUUGACCGAGGAGGAGAGGGAGUUUUUGAAGGGCAGGCUUUCUGGGGCUGCGCCUACGGGUAAGGAUAAGAGUUGGGAUUGGCAGAGCUUUAAAGCUUUGCUUUCAAGUCCGACGCUCUAUACAUUUUCGCUUUAUUGGAUUGGGCAUGGGAUUGGUGGGUUUGGGGUGAAUUAUGCCUUGCCCACGGUUAUUUAUGAAUUGGGCUUCACGACGACGGCGUUGUCGCAGUUGAUGAAUAUUCCUCCCUACGUUGCGUGCUUUUUCUUUUUGAACAUCAUUGGAUGGCUACUGCACAAAGGAUGGAUUAGGCCUUGGACCACUGCAGUCGCGAUUGAAAUCACAACGAUUAUCUGCUACAUCAUCCUUAUCACAGUAUCAAAUUCGGUCGUCAAAUACCUCGCCCUGGUGGUAGCUACUGCUUGUGCCGGCUCAGCAUACCCGGUCAUCUGGCCAGAGCGUAUCCGCGCGCUCGAAGGCACAGUGGCCGUUGGUAUGGGUAUUGGAAUAACAAACGCAAUGGCUCAGUUUAGCGGAAUUGCCGGACCUCAUGUUUACAGUACAGUGUUUGGUCCGACAUACCGUGUCUCAUACAUCAUUUGCCUUUGCUUCCUCUGUGCGGCUAUUUCGGGCAUUUUGCUCUCUUGGUGGCUUGUUUGGAGGAAUGAUCGCAAAAAAGAAUUACUUGUGACGAUCGACUCCGAAGAGGACGCUUGA